AUGGCGACGCAGACAGACGCGGCAGCGACGCAGCCGCUGGAGACGGUGGACAUCAAGCCGCUGCUGAGCCGGCUAUGGCCGCUGUCGGAGGAUGACCGGGAGCCGCUGGCGGGGCCGAUUGCGGACGCGAUCGCGCUCUUCUUCACGAACCAGGUGUCGGAGGCGCAGUCAGGCGCUCUGCUGAUGUGCCUGCACUUUACGGGCCUCGACCGGCAGGCGGACGUGAUGGCGGCCUGUGCGGCGCGCAUGCGGCGGGCAGCAGCGCCGGUGGCAGCGGCACCGCUGCGAGCGAUCAUGGCGCAGCAGCAGCCAAAUCUGCAGGUGGGCAACUAUGGUGGCGGGCUCUGCGACAUUGUGGGAACCGGUGGUGAUUCCCACAACACGUUCAACGUGUCGACGGCGUCAUCGAUCGUGGCAUCGGCCUGGUUGCGCAUUGCCAAACACGGCAACCGGGCAUCGACGAGCAAAUCUGGCUCGGCCGAUCUGCUGGCGAACCUGCAUUAUUGUCCUCAGCGGCUGGCGACGAUCGAAAACGAGACAACGGAUCUGGUCGACCUCGUGGCCGAUCUCAGCUUCGUCCGGCCAUCGACACUGCCGCAGAUCUAUGCCGCCACCAACUACGCCUUUCUGUUCGCCCCCGUCUUCCACCCCGGCAUGCGCUUCGUCGCCCCCAUCCGCCGCCAGCUGCCCUGGCGCACACUCUUCAACCUGCUCGGCCCCCUCGCCAACCCGGUCGAUGUCGACGACGGCAUCGGUCCCUCGCCUCUCGAGGCCCGCGUCAUUGGCGUCGCCCGUCGCGAACUCGGUCCCGUCUUUGCUGACGCCCUUCGCAUGGCUGGUGCCCGCAAGGCUCUCAUCGUCUGCGGCGCCGAAGAUCUCGACGAAAUCUCCAUCGCUGGCCCUACCUACUGCUGGGCUCUUCGCGAUAACAGCAUCACUCCCUUCUGCCUCGAGCCUGCGGACUUUGGCGUCGCUGCCCAUCCGCUCUCUGUCGUCUCCCCCGGUCGCGAGCCCGCUGAAAAUGCCGCCACUAUGCUCUCCAUCCUCAACAAUGAACGCUCCCCUGAUGACCCCCUGCUCUCCUUUGUCCUCAUCAAUACCGCUGCCCUUCUCGUCACCAGCGGCCUCUGCGACGACGACAACGACUCCGACCGCAUCCCUGAUCGUGGCCCCGGUGGCGGCCGCUGGAAGGAUGGCGUCCGCAGAGCCCGUCUCGCUCUUGCAACUGGUGAGACCCAGAAGCAGUGGCAGCGCUUCGUCGAGGUCACCAACCAGAUCGUCCCAGCCUCCCAGGAGGGUCUUCCAUAG